CCUCCAUCUUGUUCCUUUCCCCUUCAACAGAGCCUAAGACUGACUUGGUUAAAACCCAGGAGGGCAAUGGCCCUCUCUGUGGGUUUGAUCCCAGGACUGUUCAUGCUGAUAACUUUCCUGAGCCCCCAGGAAGCUGGGGUCAUCACAGCUGAUCACAUGGGCUCCUAUGGACCAGCUUUCUACCAGUCUUAUGGUGCCUCAGGCCAGUUUGCCCAUGAAUUUGAUGGCGAACAACUGUUCUCUGUGGACUGGAAGAAUAGAGAGGCAGUGUGGCGGCUGCCUGAGUUUGGUGACUUCAUGAACUUCGACCCACAGGGUGGGCUGACCAGCAUCGCCAUGAUCAAAGUCCAUCUGGAUACCUUAGUGGAACGCUCCAACAGAACCAGAGCCAUCAGUGUGCCUCCAAGGGUGACCGUUCUUCCCAAGUUUCGAGUGGAACUGGGCAAGCCCAAUCUUCUCAUCUGCAUUGUGGACAACAUCUUCCCCCCUGUGAUCGACAUCACCUGGCUGCGCAAUGGUCAAGCCAUCACCGAGGGAGUGGCCCAGACCAGCUUCUAUUCUCAGCCUGACCACUUGUUCCGAAAGUUCCAUUACUUGACCUUCGUGCCCUCCUUGGAGGACGUCUAUGACUGCAAGGUGGAGCACUGGGGCCUGGACAAGCCUCUCCUCAAGCACUGGGAGCCUCAGGUGUCUACCCAACCACCAGAUACCAUGGAGACCUUGGUAUUUGCCCUAGGCUUGGCCAUCGGUGUUAUGGGCUUCCUCAUGGGUACCAUCCUCAUCAUCCUCAGGCACCACUAUGGCUGAUGCUCACAGGUGAUGAGCUCUUGGAGAGAAGCAGAUCAUGGGAAAUGAUCCAUGGAUACCUCAAAGGUUUCAGGCCACAUUUGCAUGCUCAGCACCACAGUGAACUGAGUACGUCCUCACAGCACGGGCAUUGAAUGGUGUCAACUUCUGUCCUGUAGAUCCCCUCCUCUUUGGCUCCAGUACUUACAGUGGGAUGCUGGGGGCGCACUCAGCUUCCCUUCCUACUCCAAGCCCCAGUUGUUUUUGCUUUAUCCAAAAUGCUGGACAAUAACCCUACAUUUUCUAAUGAUGUGUGCGCUUUUUACUGUGUCUAGGCCUGUGCUCCCAGGUGUGAGGGAUGCUGGGAUCCUAAGAGGACGUGUGGGUAAUAAUGUAUGAGCAUGACUCUGUUGGCGGCCUUCUUCUAGACAGUGUAGUUGUGUCAUAUUGAA